CCGGAGGGAUCCCAAUGAGCUGAACCCAAGAGUCUUUGUGUGAAGAGGGAGGAGGAAGAGGAGGAGGCGUUGGCGACGACUGCCUGGCCUGGAAACCCUGCCCGGGGAGCCCCAGGCAGAACAAUGCUAGCCUGCCUGACCCGGGGGAACUUACUGGACAUCCUGCAGGAGGGCUUCAAUGAGCAACAGCUGCAGGCCUAUGUGGCCUGGGUGAAUGCACAGCUGAGGAAGAGGCCGGCAGUGAAGCCAGUGCAGGACCUGCGGCAGGACCUCCGGGAUGGGGUGAUCCUGGCAUACCUCAUCGAGAUUGUUGCAGGAGAAAAGCUGAAUGGGGUACAGCUGAGUCCCAGUAACCAACAGGAGAUGAAGAACAACGUAGAGAAAGUGCUACAGUUUGUGGCCUCCAAAAAGAUUCGUAUGCACCAGACUUCUGCUAAAGAUAUCGUGGAAGGGAACCUCAAGUCUAUCAUGAGGCUGGUGCUUGCUUUGGCAGCUCACUUCAAACCUGGCUCAAGCAGGAUGGUGAGCCAAGGACGGGACUCCAGCACCCCUCUGCAGAGUCACCAACCACACUGUGUCACUGCUGUGGCACAAGGCGCAGCUGCUGCUCUGGCCGAUGUAUGCCAUGACAUGUCACGGUCAGGACGGGAUGUAUUUCGAUACAGACAGAGGAACAGCAGCUUGGAUGAGGAAAUUGAGAAUCCAUACUGGAGUGUACGAGCGCUCGUUCAGCAGUAUGAAAGGCAAAGGUCCCCAUCUGAAUCCAGCUGUUCCAGCCUGACUUCACCCAGUCCAAUCCACAGUGCAAAGAGUGAAUCCAUUAUAACUCAGUCGGAGGAGAAGGUGGAUUUUGUGAUUAUCCCCUCUGAAGGAAUAGAAAACAGAACAGAGGAAAUAGAUUCUCCAGUAUCCCGAGACUGGCGACCAGGGAGCCCAGGAACCUAUCUGGAGACUUCAUGGGAAGAACAGCUGUUGGAACAACAAGAACAUUUGGAAAAAGAAAUGGAGGAAGCAAAGAAAAUGAUAUCAGGACUACAGGCCUUACUACUCAAUGGAUCCUUACCUGAAGAUGAGCAGGAGAGGCCUUUGGCCCUCUGUGAACCAGGAGUCAAUCCUGAGGAACAAUUGAUUAUAAUCCAAAGUCGUCUGGAUCAGAGUUUGGAGGAGAACCAGGACCUAAAGAAGGAGCUGCUGAAAUGUAAACAAGAAGCAAGAAACUUACAGGGGAUAAAGGAUGCCUUGCAGCAGAGAUUGACUCAACAGGACAAAUCUGUGCUUCAGCUCAAACAAGAGCUACUAAGAGCAAAUAUGGACAAAGAUGAGCUGCACAAUCAGAAUGUGGAUUUGCAGAGGAAACUGGAUGAGCGGAACCGGCUUUUGGGAGAAUAUAAAAAAGAGCUGGGGCAGAAGGAUCGCCUCCUUCAGCAGCACCAGGCUAAGUUGGAAGAAACACUCCGGAAACUCUCUGAGGCCAGUUUCCAGCAGGUGGAUCUAGAGCGGGAGCUUGAGCACAAAGAUGUCCUCCUGGCUCACCGUAUGAAAAGAGAGACAGAUGAGGUGAUCACCUACAACAGCCACAACGCUCAGAGCAAUGGUUUUCUCCUGCCAGUGUCUGGAAAAGGAGCCACAUCAAACACCCUUAGAGGGACCAGUGACCUGCAGCUUGUCCGAGAUGCUCUCCGCAGCCUGCGCAACAGCUUCGGUGGCCACGAUCCUCAGCACCACACUAUCGACAGCCUAGAGCAGGGCAUCUCGAGCCUCAUGGAACGCCUGCAUGUCAUGGAGACCCAGAAGAAACAAGAAAGGAGGGUUCAUAGCAAGUCACCCCGAACUCAAGUAGGCAGUGAAUACCAGGAGUCCUGGCCCCCUAAUUCAAAGUUGCCUCACUCGCAGAGCUCCCCAGCUAUCAGCGGCGCCUGUACUAAAGUGCUCUAUUUCACUGAUCGGUCACUUACUCCCUUCAUGGUCAAUAUACCAAAGAGGUUGGGGGAGGUGACACUGAAGGAUUUUAAAGCAGCUAUUGACCGAGAAGGGAAUCACCGCUAUCACUUCAAAGCACUGGAUCCUGAGUUUGGCACUGUUAAAGAGGAGGUUUUCCAUGAUGAUGAUGCUAUCCCUGGAUGGGAAGGGAAAAUUGUAGCCUGGGUGGAAGAAGACCACGGAGAGAAUUAA